AUGGCGAUGAAAUGGUCCUUCAUUGGGAUAUUGGCCGUAGGCGCCACGGUCGUUUCCUCUAGCCCCGCGCCUGCGUUAAAGGGACGAUCUAUACUUCAUGAGCGUCGCGAUGUUAACCACGAACUAAGUUGGAAUAAACGAGACCGGGCCCCAUCCGACGAUGUUUUUGAGAUGCGCAUUGGUCUCAAACAGCAGAAUCUGCAUCGAGGUUAUGAUCUACUCAUGGAUGUAUCGAAUCCGAAGUCCCCUAAUUACGGAAAAUAUUGGACGCCGGAUGAAAUUGUUCAUAUGUUCGCGCCAGCAGGAGAGGCUGUCAAAGAAGCAAAGAAUUGGUUAAAUUCAUCGGGGAUUGGUGGCGAGCGUGUUGCACUCGCUGCGAGUAAGGGCUGGCUUGUUUUCAAUGCGACGGUCGGAGAGGCGGAGAAGCUCCUUCAGACAGAGUACUGGCAUUAUGAGGGCGACGAAGGGCAGAUCGCCGUGGGCUGUGAUGAAUAUCAUGUUCCGGCUCAAUUGAGUGAGCAUGUCGAUUUCGUCUACCCAGGGGUCGCGAAGGCCGAAAGUAGGAAGUCGAAUAGCCUCGCAAGACGAAGGAAGCGUGAAACAAGACAGCACAAGACCAUCCGUCCAGGGAAACUCAUAGGCCGCCAAGAGUCCAACUGCUCUGCAGUAGCAACACCGGAGUGCAUCGCGAAGCUUUACAAGAUUCCACCAGCAGAUAAAGCGCACCCCAACAACUCCAUGGGAAUUUUCCAGAAGCAAUCUUGGUACCAAGAACGGGAUUUGGACUUAUUCUUCAAGACCUACGCUCCGAAUAUCCCUCAAGGAACUCGACCGCAGAACUUGAGCAUCGACCUAGCUGUCUGGCACUACAAUGAGAACGAUACCCACGUCAGCUAUCCAGAUGAAGCAGACCUAGACCUCGAUGUCGCGUAUCCCAUCAUCUAUCCUCAGAAGGCCACAAUUUACCAAGUGGAUGAUGAGUACUAUAACCUCCAUUCGGCAAAUGCAUACUUUGGCCUGUUCAACACCUUCCUCGAUGCUAUCGAUGGCUCUUAUUGCAACUAUUCGGCAUAUGGCGAAACGGGAGACAACGCCGUGUACGAUCCUGCCUAUCCCGAUAACCACACUACCAUCGCUCCGGGCAGACCGGUACCAUUCGACCCUGGAAAUUAUAAGGGAGAGCGUAUGUGCGGCGUAUACAAACCGACGAACGUGAUCUCGAUGUCGUAUUCGAGGGUAGAGUCUACGUAUAGCGUCCCGUACCAAAUGCGACAAUGCAACGAAUGGAUGAAGCUAGGCCUCCAAGGCGUGACUGUUGUAGGAUCGUCCGGUGACAGCGGCCAGCUUGCGAAUAAUCAAUGUCAUCAUUCUAGUUUUAGCACGUUUUACGCUAGCCACCCCGGAAACUGCCCUUACAUCACGUCGAUCGGUGGCGUAAUGCUGCAGUCAAACGGUACCCUAGCCGCUGCCAAUGUUAAGGAUAUACCCUGGGCUACGUCUGGCGGAUUCUCUCAGUAUUUCCCGAGACCGGAUUAUCAGGAGACGGCUCUUUCGACUUACUUCUCAAAACAUGACCCAGGCAUCGACGCUGCUUAUAACAAAACUGGAAGGGGUUUCCCGGAUAUUUCUGCCCUUGGUAGGAACGUGGCUGUGGCCGUUUUGGGUGAGCUAGGCGUUGCCGAUGGAACAUCUGCUUCCACGCCCUUGAUCGGUGCCAUGUUCAAUAGGAUUAACGAAGAGAGGCUCGCCGUGGGUAAAUCCACUAUCGGAUUUGUGAACCCAGUGCUCUAUGCCAACUCUGGCAUUUUCGAGGAUAUCACAGCUGGCGAUAAUGGGAUCUGCGGCGUCAAGGGUUUCCCGGCUGUAGAAGGUUGGGAUCCCGCGACCGGAUUAGGGGUGCCGAAUUAUCCGAAGCUAUUAGAGACCUUCAUGGCCUUACAAUAA